ACCAGCAAGAAAACCAAAGGGUGAAAAAAAUGUAUCACAUUUCUUUCUUUUUAAUCUGCUGCUGCUUGUUUUUUCUUGUAAUUCCUCAUUCAAAAUUCUCCACCAUUGCUGCAACAUCUGUUGAUAUAAUCGACCAAACCUGCAAAAAAUGCACGGAUGAAUUUGACGUCAUUAGCUACAAGGUUUGCGCAACCUCUCUCCAAGCCGUGCCUGUCAGCCAUGUCACUAAUCUUCAAGGACUAGCAUUGAUAGCAAUGGAGCUAGCACUACAAAAUGCAACCAACACACUGUCCACCAUAGAGAAGUUCUCGAGUAACAAAAGUUUCGAUCCUUUUGCUCUGGUUUGCUUGAAGGACUGCUUGCAGCUAUAUUUGGACGCGAUCACAACACUGAGGGAUGCUGUUGGAGCAUUUCUGAGGGAGGAUUACGACACGGUGAAUAUCUGGGUGAGUGCAGUCAUGGAAGCACCAACUACAUGUGAAGAAGGGUUUAAGGAGAAGGAAGGUGAAGUUUCUCCAUUGAAAAAUGAGAAUUACAAUCUUUUUCAAUUAUGUGAUAUUGCACUAUGCAUAAGCCACAUGCUUAAGUACUUAGGGUCUACAUUCUUGACAGGAUGCUCUGCAACUUAA